AUGCAAGCGUGCGAGGGCAGCGCAGCCGGACGCCGGGCCUUCGACAGCAUCUGCCCCAACAGGAUGCUCGACCUGUCGCGGCGGACCCUCGGCAAGCCCGGGAAGCCGGAGAGGAAGUUCGUUCCUACGUGGAAGUCCUUCUCAGGAUGCGGUGGCGGCAGCCCAGUGUCGGUGUACGAGGACCCUCAGGACACAGAGCUCGCCCCGCUGCCAGCUCUCACCACCAUAGACCUGCAGGACCUCGCAGACUGCACCUCGCUACUCGGAACCGAAGCGCCUCCUAGUGGUGAUUCUUCCGCAUCGCAGAACCCUUCCUUGCAAACUGAGGAAGACUUCAACCUGCAGAAUUUCAGAGAUGCGGUGGAUGAACUCAUUGCAGAUUCCUCCUCUCUGAUGUCGCCUCCCCUGACCGACGGUGACUUUCCCUUUUCUCCUUGUGAUGUUUCGCCUUUCCGGUCCUGCCUCUCCCCAUCGCUGGACCCACCUGCCUUGGGGUCUCCACCGCUGCCCCCGCCGCCGCCGCCUUGCACUACAGACCUGCCGCCACCACCAACGGAGCAGUACUGGAGGGAGGUGGCUGACCAGAACCAGAGGGCGCUGGGAACUGCUCUCAUAGAGAAUAACCAACUGCACGUGACGCUGACACAGAAGCAGGAGGAGAUAGCCUCGCUCAGGGAGAGGAACGUGCAGCUCAAAGAACUCGCCAGCCGGACCCGGCACCUGGCCUCAGUGCUGGACAAGCUGAUGAUCACGCAGUCCCCGGCCGAGCCCUUCCAGGUCAAGGCAACGACGAAAAGGAGCCUGGAGGAGCUGUUCUGUGCCGCGGGGCAAGCAGGGCAGGGUUGUGCGGAAGUGGACGCCAUCCUCAGGGACAUCUCCCAGCGCUGCGAGGAAGCCCUGCAGAACCGCGACCCCAAGCGGCCCCGCCUGCAGCCGGAGCCAGACAGCAAGGACUGCGGCUCCAGGAACCUCCAUGGCGUCUUCCGAGGGCUGCGCACCGACUGCAGCGCCAGCUCGGUGAAUCUGAGUCACAGUGAGCUGGAGGAGGCGGGCGGCUCCUUCAGCACGCCCAUCCGCAGCCACUGCACCAUCCGCACUCUGGCCUUUCCCCAGGGCAAAGCCUUCACCAUUCGGACAGUCAAUGGUGGUUACAAAUUCCGCUGGGUCCCCAGCUGA